CUCGCAAUGAGGGCAGCCGGAUCUAUCAUGCUCGAUGCUCCUGGCUCGCAUCUCGUGUGUCACUCACUUGAUGUCGUCCUGAUGCAUCGACUAGUGCUGCAAGAAGCAAGAAGCGAGCCGCGAGUAGUGGUCGAUGAUGAGUAGAGAUAUCCACAUUUAAUUCCCGUAGUAACCGCAGCACAAUCAAACCAUCAUGGCUGGCGAGUUCCUACGCCAGCAUGGCAUCGACAUCGAUUCUGAAAUGGCCAAGAUUCAGUUCGGCAGCACCGGAAAGAAGACAAGCGAGCAAGCCACUCGCAUCGACGUCCUGAGCAAUGUCUCUCUGCCGGGCACAGAAAGAGAUACUCGAUGGGAUGUCCACCUCUCAGAUGGGUGCAUUCGCGAUGUCGUGGCCCACCAAGAUGAUGCUCCGCCGGCGAACUCUGUUGACGGCAAAGGUGCACUGCUUGCUCCUUCCCUCUGCCACCCACACAUACACAUCGACAAGGCAUACCUUUUAUCCCAUCCCAAGUAUGCAGAUCUCCAAGUCGAGAAAGGAGACUUUCAAGAAGCUAUGGACCUUACUGGCAAAGCAAAGGCUCAAUUCGAGAACGAGGAUCUUCUGGAGCGAGGCCAACGGCUUGUGGACGAGAGUGUAGCUGCUGGUGUCACGCACAUGCGAGCAUUCGUCGAAGUAGACGCUGGUGUACAGCUCAAAUGCUUGGAAGCCGGCAUUCAGCUGCAGAAGCGUGCCGCCGACGAUGCCGUCUGUAAUAUACAGAUAUGUGCAUUUGCGCAGCUGCCUCUGUUCUCUCCAUCGGCAGGUGAUGAACAAGGGGGCGUGAUUCGCGAUCUGAUGCGACAAGCGGUCGCAAGGCCUGGCGUCACUGUGAUCGGGAGCACACCUUAUGUCGAGAAUGACAGAGAGAAGAUGCAGCGGAGCGUGGAGUGGAUGGUAGACUUGAGUAUUGAGCAUAACGCCCAUCUUGACUUCCAUCUUGAUUACAAUCUGGACCAGGAUGUCGAGCCUCUUGUCUGGUUUGUGGUGCAGACUUUGAAGGAGAAAGGCUGGAAAGACCGGACGAGCAACGUCACCAUAGUGCUUGGGCAUUGCACUCGCCUGACCCUCUUCAGUGAGGCUCAGUGGAAGGAGCUUGCGCAGACAAUCAAAGAUGCACAACUUCCAAUCUCCUUUGUAGGGCUGCCAACCAGCGACCUGUUCAUGAUGCGCACUGGCAAGCAACCGGAAAUCCGCGGUACGCUCGAUGUCCCUCGACUGAUCAAAGAAUAUGAUCUCAAUGCUUGCAUCGGUGUCAAUAAUAUUGGCAACGCUUUCACGCCUCAGGGGACCUGUGACCCACUGAGUUUGGCUUGUCAAGGCGUUGGGAUCUAUCAAGCAGGUACAAAGCGAGACACUGAGGUCCUGUACGAGUGUUUCAGUACAAGAGCUCGAGCGGCGAUAGGCUUGGGUAGGCGUGGUGUCGGAGACACCAGUCUGGCUUUUCAGCCAGGAGACCCAGCAGAUCUUCUGCUAUUCCAAGCGGCAGACCCCAGCUGGCGCACAAGAAUUAGUGUGAGUGAAGCAGUCUAUCUAUACGAUCACGGCCAAGGCAGGAUGACAAUCCUCAAUGGGCGCAUAUCCAGGUCUCCGCAGUGA